AUGUCAUUUCUUGGAACACGGGGAGAAACCUCCUCUGAGGAGCCCCGCUUUCCAGGGAAGACAAAAGACUUCUCCAGCAAGGUGGGAGAGACUUUACAAGACUGUGGGGAGGUGGAGUUGAGGGGUGUCUACGAACCAGAUAGAAACGUGUUACGGAGGAAAGAACGAGAAAGAAGAAACCAGGAAACUCAGCAGGACGAUGGCGCGUUUAAUUCGAGUUACUCGCUGUUUAGUGAACCCUACAAGACUAACAAGGGGGAUGAGCUCUCCAACCGGCUCCAGAACACUUUAGGCAAUUACGAUGAAAUGAAAGACUUUCUCACGGAUCGAUCAAACCAGAGUCAUCUUGUGGGUGUUCCCAAACCCGGGGUUCCUCAGGCUCCCGUGACCAAGAUUGAUGAACAUUUUGUGGCAGAUUCAAGAGCCCAGACUCAGCCAGCAUCCGUCUGCAGCACCGCAUCCUCUGCCCCAGCAGCCGUCCCCGGGCAGCAGAGUAAGCGGGGCACCAUGGGCUGGCAGAAGGCUGGGCACCCACCGUCCGAUGGCCAACAGAGAGCAACACAACAGGGCACUCUCAGGACCUUGCUUGGCGAUGGCGUUGGCAGACAGCAGCCGCGGACCAAACAGGUGUGCAACGUCGAGGUGGGUCUUCAGACCCAGGACAGGCCCCCUGCUAUGGGAGCCAAGCACAGCGGCAGUGGCCACUGCGUGCAGAACUUUCCUCCCUCCCUGGCUUCGAAACCCAGCCUUGUCCAGCAGAAGCCUACCGCCUAUGUGCGGCCCAUGGAUGGCCAAGAUCAGGCGCCCGAUGAGUCUCCAAAGCUAAAGUCGUCUGCAGAGACUGGCGUGCACUGCUUGUACAGGGGAGUCCCGGCCACCAAGUCAGAGUCAGCCAGAGCCAAGGCCAAGCUCUCCAAGUUCAGCAUCCCCAAACAAGGAGAGGAGAGUCGAUCUGGAGAAACCAACAGCUGCAUUGAAGAAAUCAUUCGGGAGAUGACCUGGCCUCCACCACUUGCUGCUAUUCAACCACCUGGCAAAGUGGAACCAAGCAAAUUUCCAUUUCCAAAUAAGGACUCUCAGCUUGCCUCCUCUGGACACAAUAAUCCAAAGAAAGGUGAUGCCGAGCCAGAGAGUCCAGACAAUGGCACAUCGAAUACAUCCUCUCUGGGAUGGUUAUCCCCAUUUACAGCUAAGGGAUAUGAUGCACUGAGAGGAAUGCUAGAAGAUGACCUUAAGCUAAGCAGUGAUGAAGAGGAGAAUGAACAGCAGGCAGCCCAGAGAACGGCCCUCCACACUCUGUCUGACAGUGCCGGACUCCAGCCGGCCGACUGCAGGGCCUCCGCUCCCUCGAGCAAGGGCAGCAGCAGCGGCAGCAGCAGCAGCGGGAGCAGUUCCUCCAGCGACUCGGAGAGCAGCUCGGGGUCCGACUCGGAGACAGAGAGCAGUUCCAGCGAGAGCGAGGGCAGCAAGCCUCCCCACUACUCCAGUCCCGAGGCGGAACCAGCGUCCUCUAACAAGUGGCAGCUGGAUAAAUGGCUAAACAAAGUGAAUCACCACAAGCCCCCUGUCCUGAUCCAAAAUGAAAGCCACCACGGGCCGGAGAGCAGUCAGUACUACACCCCAGUGAAGGAGGACACGCAGGACUGCGGGAAGCUCCCCGACGUCUGCCCGCCCGGCCUGAGAGACAAGGACAUCAAGGGCGCCUGCAAGGAGGAGCAGAGGCCGAGGACCGCGAACAAGGCCCCGGGGAGCAAAGGGGUGAAGCAGAAGUCCCCGCCCGCGGCCGUGGCCGUGGCCGUGACCGCCGCUGCCGCCCCGCCGCCCGCGGUGCCUGGUGCGCCCGCCGAGAGCGCGCCCGCGCCUGCCCGGAGGUCCGCGGGCAAGAAGCCCACCCGGCGCACCGAGAGGACCUCGGCCGGCGACGGCGGCCACCGGCCCGAGGAGCCCGUAGCUGCCGAGGCGCCGGGGGCGGGCGCGGGGGUUCCCGCGGAGCCGCCCAAGCCCAGGCCUUGCGGCAACAGCAGGACCAACCACCGCAAGGAGCUGCGCUCGGCCGUGACCUGCGAGAAGCGCCGCACGCGGGGGCUGAGCCGGAUCGUCCCCAAAUCCAAGGAGUUCAUCGAGACGGAGUCGUCCUCUUCCUCCUCCUCCUCGGACUCGGACCUGGAGUCGGAGCAGGAGGACUACCCUCUGUCCAAGGCCGUGGCCGCUGCGGCCGCCGCCGCCGCCGCCUCCGGGAACGACCCGAGGCUGAAGGAGGCUCCCACCAGCAUCAGCGGCGGCGGCCCCCGCGCUCCCGUGGGCUCCAUCAACGCCAGGACCACCAGCGACAUUGCCAAGGAGCUGGAGGAGCAGUUCUACACACUGGUCCCCUUCGGCCGCAACGAGCUUCUCUCCCCGUUGAAGGACAGUGACGAGGUUCGGUCACUCUGGGUCAAAAUCGACCUGACACUUCUGUCCAGGAUUCCGGAACACCUGCCCCAGGAGCCGGGGGUCUUGAGUGCUCCCGCGGCCAAGGACUCUGAGAGCGCGCCCCCGACGACCCAUGCAUCCGAGGCGCCGGUGGAAAAGACCUUGCCAAAAUCCAAGAGGAAACGCAAGUGCGACAACGAAGACGACUACAGGGAGAUCAAGAAGGCCCCGGGAGAGAGGGAGAGCGCCUCGCGACUGACCGCCCCUGCCAGCAGUACUUUGUCCUCAAAUCACUGCAGCAUGAACAUCAACAGCUUGGCAAUACCAAUAAAUAAAAAUGAAAAAAUGCUCCGGUCGCCCAUCUCACCCCUCUCCGACACAUCUAAACACAAAUUCUCCGGCGAGGACUUAACUUCCUCCAGCAAAUCCAACAGCAACGGUCUGUUCACUUCCACCUCCUCCAACAAAAAGCAUAAGGCGGAGAGCCAGCUGCAGAGCCAUGCCGCAGACCUCACGAAAGCGGCUCACACCAAUUCUGAAAACAUCCUCCACAAGUCACGGCCGCAGACCGAGCCCUGGUCUCCAGGCUCCAAUGGCCACCGGGACUGCAAGAGGCAGAAACUCAUCUUCGAUGAUAUGCCACGCAGUGCAGAUUAUUUUAUGCAAGAAGCUAAGCGAAUGAAGCAUAAAGCAGAUGCGAUGGUGGAAAAGUUUGGGAAGGCUCUGAACUACGCAGAAGCAGCCUUGUCAUUCAUCGAGUGUGGAAAUGCUAUGGAACAGGGCCCCAUGGAGUCCAAGUCUCCUUACACCAUGUAUUCAGAGACAGUUGAGCUCAUCAGGUAUGCCAUGAGACUAAAAACCCACUCAGGCCCCAAUGCCACACCAGAGGAUAAACAGCUGGCUGCAUUAUGUUACCGAUGCCUGGCUCUCCUGUACUGGAGGAUGUUUCGACUCAAAAGGGAUCACGCUGUCAAGUAUUCAAAAGCACUUAUCGACUAUUUCAAGAAUUCAUCUAAAGCUGCCCAAGCCCCAUCUCCAUGGGGGGCCAGUGGAAAGAGCACUGGGACCCCAUCCCCCAUGUCUCCCAACCCAUCCCCCACCGGCUCCGUGGGCUCUCAGGGGAGCCUGUCCAACAGCAACGCCCUGUCCCCAUCAACCAUCGUCAGCAUCCCACAGCGUAUCCACCAGAUGGCGGCCAACCACGUGAGCAUCACCAACAGCAUCCUCCACAGCUACGACUACUGGGAGAUGGCGGACAACCUAGCCAAGGAAAACAGAGAGUUCUUCAACGACCUGGACCUGCUCAUGGGGCCGGUCACCCUGCACAGCAGCAUGGAGCACCUGGUCCAGUACUCCCAGCAGGGCCUGCACUGGCUGCGAAACAGCGCCCACCUGGCCUAG